CGCCAUAUUUCGUGAAACAACGGACGUUUCCGUGAUGGGGGUAUUAUAUUCCUUUCACUGUGUGUCUAAUAUGUCGUUGAUCAAUAAUGCGACACUUUCUAUCUGAGCUUUUGUUGAUAAGCUAUUAUUUAUUGUGUCAAUAUGUAUGUUUCAACUGCUGAUAACACGUUGUCACUUGGGCAAUGACUGAGGCUGAUAUUGCCGGAGAUCUACCGAAUGGUGACGAUUCUGCCUUCGUUGACGAACAUCAGCAUGGAUCGGAAACUCCGCCAGAAUCAUCAGCAGUUGCUGUAUCUUCGCCUUCAAUAUCAGCUGAUCAUGUAUUUGUUACAACAUCACAGGGACUUAUAAGUGCACAACAGUUUCAGGAAGCAACUGCCGGUGCUAUAAAAACUACCCAUAUAGUUAUUCAUGAUCAGACCCUAGAUCAGCUAGCUGAGGCCGGAGGUGGUCUGAAAACACCAACUACUCCUCUCCCUCCUCCAACCCCAUCAACACCGCUAGGCAAAGAAAAAGGUUUUCGGUAUCAAUGGGACGAAUCUGUUCAUAAUGAUAUACUGCCUGUUAGGUGUAAACAUACAAAUGGAGAACUGUAUAAAUCUAAAUUUGGGUCAGGGGGCAGAGGAAAGUGCAUUAAAAGUGCUGACAAUGAAUGGUUCACACCAAACGAAUUUGAGUCAUUUGCAGGGAGAGCUAGUAGUAAAGACUGGAAGCGUAGUAUACGUUAUGGUGGUAGAACAUUGCAAUGUCUAAUUGAAGAUAAUAUUCUACAACCUCAUGCUACAUCUUGUACUUGUGCAUCAUGUUGUGAUGAUGAGGCUGUGACUGGACCUGUUAGAUUAUUUGUGCCCUACAAAAGAAGAAAGAAGGAUUUUGAGCAGGAGACUUUAUUGUCCCCCAACAAAAAGCCAGCCAAGCUGAUAAAGGCACCAAUGACCCCACAGUUAGGUAUAGCUGUGCCAAAACUAGAAGUUGAUCAAGGUGCAACCCAAGUGAUGGUACCUGUGGUGUCUGGACAUGGCGUGAUGCCCUCAGCAGCCACUGUACAGAAUGUUUCCUUACAUCACACCCCAGACAGUAAGGGGGAAAUGGUCCACAUUGUUGCCACUGAUGCCCAAGGAAACUUUGUCUCAGGGGGUGGAUGUUUAUAUGGCAUGACUAUUGUCACACCCAAUGAAGAAACCUACAUCAAAUCUGUUGAUCAGAAGACACUUGCAAAUGCUGUAGUGAUGACACCAAUAGCACUUGCUCAGCCUAAUCAAAAACAAGGCCAACUAGUCACAAUGGAUGUUAUGGAGCAGAAGAACUGGUGGCAGCUUGAGGAGAUGGCCAACAACCUACUGCAACAAGCCCAGCAGCUGAAGAUCAUGAUAGAGCAGGUCAAACAGCAGAGUUUAAUAGCCAAGGAAAGUGCCUUACAGAACCAGCGGGCACAGAUGGAGAAAGAAAAACAAGAUGCAUUAACUGCCAGCCGUAUGGAAGCCCAGAUGAACAUAUCAAGAGUGAUGAUGGAAGAGAGGGCUCAGAGGGACAUCGUGGUCCAUCAGGCUCUGGUGCAGGCACGAGCAGAGCUGCAAGAGAAAAUAGACUCUGUCACUGUUAUAUCGGAUGAUAAGGUGACUUACAAUGUUUCAUGGCCAGCCUCAGGCUCUGGUGCUGGUAACAUUGCUAUGGUCAUGGCACAAGAGGAUGAGGAUGAUGACAAAGAUAACAAAGAUAGGCUGGUCUAGACAAGAAAGAUGAUGGUGACAAAGAUAGGCUGGUCUAGACAAGAAAGAUGAUGGUGACAAAGAUAGGCUGGUCUAGACAAGAAAGAUGAUGGUGACAAAGAUAGGCUGGUCUAGACAAGAAAGAUGAUGGUGACAAAGAUAGGCUGGUCUAGACAAGAAAGAUGAUGGUGACAAAGAUAGGCUGGUCUAGACAAGAAAGAUGAUGGUGACAAAGAUAGGCUGGUCUAGACAAGAAAGAUGAUGGUGACAAAGAUAGGCUGGUCUACAC